AUGUCCAGGUUUUCCCCAUCACUAGGCUCACAAAGAACGUUUGGUCCGCAGCCCGUGUUUCCCAGGCAGCACCUCUUCAUUGAGGACGAUGAAACACUUUCAUCUAUGAUUGCAAUGGGAGCCGAUAUGAUGACAGGCGAGAGCACCUUGUUAGAGAUGUCGGCAUACGAGUGCAUAUACGGUAUACCGCAGAGUCUUCUGAUUCUCUUAAAGGAGUCCAUCGAGGUUAUCGACGAGGUGAAUCACCAUCGCAUGAAUAACGAAGGCACAUCUAUCUCAGAAGGUCUGAACCUAGUUUGUGAUGAUCUUGAACAGAAUAUCAUGGAUUGGCCCCUCGAUGAGCGUCUUCAUCGUUACGAAAGAUCCACGAAUGGCAUCAGUGCCUCCAUCAUCUACCACCAGACUCGGGCAUUUCUCAAUGCGCCCAUCAUCUAUUUCUCGCAAAGUAUAAGAUUGAUGAUCCAUCAGUAUCUCCGCCAAUAUGCCCAGGCGGUUCUGGAUAGCAUAGAAGCCAUUGAACAGCUCAAAGCGGAGACCAAAAUACUCGCUGCUCCGCUUUUCUGGCCAGCAUUCAUGGGUGCCACUGAGGCUUUUGAGCCUAGACACCAAGAACGCUUUCGCUUGUGGUACGAGCGAGUAGAAGUAUACGGAAUUGAAGCCGUGAGGACAGGUAUACAAGUUGUACACGAAGUUUGGAGGCAGGGACCAACAACAAAUCGACAAAUGCAUUCUGGCUGGCGCGACGUUGUCGAACGGACCGGGGACUAUCUUUUGUUAACUUAA